GAUUUCCAAGUAGGGGGUGUGUUGGAGGGACUUCUAAGGGCAGCUUGUCCUGGAAGAAUGGGGGAAAGGCAGCGUGUGUUGCUGUCCCUGAGGACAUCUGUGUAGCUCCCUGGGAGACCCUCUGCCCUUUCCCCCUCCCACCAGCCCGGCGAACAGGGACCAAGCCUGCUUAUUAUCACCUGACGCUGCGCAGCCACUGAUCCCAUUGGUGGAGCCAGAUUCAGUCUGGCUCUCUCGUUCUUUCUCCCUUCUCUGCCUCUCUCUCCUCCACGCUGCUUUGAUUUCGCUCUUGCCUCUCUUCUUGCGCUGCUCAGCUGGGAACAUCGUCUCACCAGGGGCAGCAGCGACGCGCGCUGCACAGCCAGACAGGAGCUGGCUGCGGGGCAUGGAAGCAGCCUCCUUGGCAGCCGGGAGAGGAGCGAGCGCACACCACUGCCUGUGACCCAGGCGUCCGGCUGCUGUCCCCUGCCUGGGAUCUCAUCCACACAGAGGUCUCUCCCCGUCCUCCCUGCCCGCUUUUCCUCUGCAGAGCCCAGUGGAGCCAGCCAUGUACCGUGGCAACCCUUGCUGACCCCAGCGAGGAGAGAGGCCUGAAUCCGAGGGCCCUGGCACCUGUGAGCUCUUGGCUGUCACCUGCCCCAAGCCUCGCACCUCCGCUCCACAGCAGUCCCCACAGGAGACAACCCUGACGGGAGCAUGGAGCUGCUGUCCACGCCCCACAGCAUUGAGAUCAACAACAUCACCUGCGACUCCUUCCGCAUCUCCUGGGCCAUGGAGGACAGUGACCUGGAGAGGGUCACCCAUUACUUCAUUGACCUGAACAAGAAGGAGAAUAAGAAUUCCAACAAGUUCAAGCACCGGGAUGUCCCCACCAAGCUCGUGGCCAAGGCAGUGCCGCUGCCCAUGACGGUGAGAGGCCACUGGUUCCUGAGCCCCCGCACGGAGUACAGCGUGGCCGUGCAGACGGCAGUGAAGCAGAGCGACGGGGAAUACCUGGUGUCCGGCUGGAGCGAGACAGUGGAGUUCUGCACUGGGGAUUAUGCCAAGGAGCACCUGGCUCAGCUGCAGGAGAAGGCCGAGCAGAUCGCAGGCCGCAUGCUCCGCUUCUCCGUCUUCUACCGCAACCAUCACAAGGAGUACUUCCAGCAUGCCAGGACCCACUGCGGGAACAUGCUGCAGCCCUACCUGAAGGACAACAGCGGCAGCCACGGCUCCCCCACCAGCGGUAUGCUCCACGGGGUCUUCUUCAGUUGCAACACGGAGUUCAACACGGGCCAGCCCCCGCAGGACUCCCCUUACGGCCGCUGGCGCUUCCAGAUCCCAGCUCAGCGCCUCUUCAAUCCCAGCACCAACCUCUACUUUGCGGACUUCUACUGCAUGUACACGGCCUACCACUAUGCUAUCCUGGUGCUGGCGCCCAAAGGCUCCCUGGGGGACCGCUUCUGCCGCGACCGCCUGCCCCUCCUGGACAUUGCCUGCAACAAGUUCCUGACCUGCAGCGUGGAGGAUGGGGAGCUGGUCUUCCGCCACGCCCAGGACCUCAUCCUGGAGAUCAUCUACACCGAGCCCGUUGACCUGUCCCUGGGCACCCUGGGGGAGAUCAGCGGUCACCAGCUCAUGAGCCUGUCUACUGCCGAUGCCAAGAAGGACCCCAGCUGCAAGACCUGCAACAUCAGCGUGGGCCGCUAGGGACUCCUGGGGAGCUGGGGGGCAAGGGAGAGAGGAGCAGAAGGUGGAGGUGGGUAGCCCAGGUUCAGGGAGCUUGCUUUCUCUCUCCUGCCCCCCUGCUCCCUCCACUCUGCCCAGCUGCCCUCCCCCCGCCCCUUGGCAUUGGAGGCAACAGACGGUGGUCCUCUUGGUAAGUGUGGCCCACCCCCGGCCUGGUGGACGUGGAAAGGCUUCUCCUCCUCCGUAGUUGGCAGCUGGGCUGGAUUUCUGGAGAACUUCCCUUUUCCUCUGGUUUCCUUAUCCUACUGUUCUUUGCCUCGUCCAGGUCUCUAUCUCCCAAAGACCUGCCCACCUCCUGGGGCUCUCCCAGGGAAGCCCCUCUGGGCCAAAGCCCACGUGUAGCUUGGCUGCCUCCAGAGGAGAUGCAGAGAGCUGUGGGGCGAUCUUUCUUAGUCCCACUCACCCCACUCAGGGCCAACCACAGAAUGCCCCCUCCCUGCUGAGCUGGGUCUCUGGGGCUUCCCACUCCAGGCCUGGAUCCCUUCCUUGUAUAAAUAGUCUCCUGCACCACCAUGACACCCUGGCUGCUCCUUGCCCCAAAGAACCCUCUUCCUGCAUGGGAGAGCUGUCCCUCCUUCUCCACCUGCCCACCGGGACACUCCCCCUGCUCUCUGGAAAGGAAUUCUCUUUCUUCUCUGGGCACUGGGGGCGUCAGGCUGUCGGACGUUCCUUCCUUCCACACCGCAGCAUACCUUCUCCUUGCUUAGAGUACGGGGGUCUGAGACAGCAGCCACUGGGGUUGAGGAGGGGGAGGAGACCCCUGAGACCCAGAAGUGCCCCUUCCUCAGCUGGGAGUGGGCCGCCUCAUGCUCUGCUGGGGCCUGGCAUGGAACAUGAGAUCUGCAAGCUGUCCCGCGGGCCCCGGCACCCCGCCCAGCCGUGCACUUUGCUCACUCGCUCUGCCACGGUGCCGUGACUGUACUGUGCCCAUGCGUGACCUGGACUGUGGACCCUCUGCUGCUCCACCUCUCCCCUGCCCACUGGCUCUGUCUGCUCUCCUGCCACCCUGCUGGCCGGGAGCCCCUCCCCGGGGAGUUCUUGGUGACGUCCUUCCCGGGCCUCCUUGUGUUUUUGCCUCAUUCCUACUGUCGCACAGGUCACGAGGGUGGACUCCCUACAAUCAGCAAAGCAAACAGAGAGCCUGUGGGAGGGGCUGACAGCAGCCGCCGGCUGUUUGGGGGAUGACGGAGGUGACAUCAGGCGGAGAAGAGUGCAGCCUCACAGUGACUUUCUCAGAGGUGACAGAGAUGAUGGAUGAGCAGCUGGAUUUCCAUGAUGAAGGACGGAAGCAGCGGCGGGCCGGCAAGACCAUACCUCGGUGAGGGGCAGGUGGACAACCAUCGCCUCUCUGUAGCCAGGGGGAAUUGUGUGGCCAGCUUUCUCUCUGGGAUGGGUCAGGGGGGCUGGAGGCUUGGGGAGAGGUGUGGAGAAGGAGAGAACAUGGCCCAGGCCCUUUCCUUCCGCCUGUGCUGACAGCAUUGCUGUAGGGGUGGCCUGCUGCCCUCCCCUGGCCCUCAUGUCCCCCCAGGGCUGGGGUCCGCCUGCCUGUGCUGUGCUUGCGACGUGCAUCAAUAAACCACCAUGGCCUGAGGGCCCUGCUCGUCUCAGUCCA